CGUUGGGUCAAUGAGUUGUGAGAGGCGGCGGCGCGGUGCGGUGCAGCGCAGCCUCCCGCCCGCUCGGCUCCCGGGCUGGGCGGCGGAGGGGUGAGCUAACGCGCGGCUGCUCGGGGGAGCGGCGAACGGCGGGAGCGGGGGCUGGCGGGGGGGCAGUCGGAGUCCCCGCCUGUCCGUGGCCAGAGCCACCGGUGGGCCCGCGGCAGCGCCGCUCCCUGCGCUGCUGCCUGUGGAUCUGCCGUGUUUCCCUGCGGUCUCGCGGAGCGGCGGCCAUCCGCGCCCCCACGCACGCCGCAGGGUCCCCGAGAGGGCACCGCCUUCUCCAAGAGCCCGGCUGCGCCCCUGAACUUCGGCAGCGCUCCUCAGCGACGGUCCCCGUCGCUGCAUUACAGCCUGUCUGUGGAAUUACGCGGGGUCCGCGCCAGGGAACACAGCGGCAGAGGGACAGGACGCGUCCCGUCCCCGCGAGGAGGAGGUGGAAGUCUGUGCGUGAGCGUCUGCCCGCGCGUGGGUUGAUGGCAGCGAAGUCCUGUGGCGCCAGCGGAACUAAAAUCACGCCUCUUUCAGUUCUGAAACUGAAGCUUCCUUGUGGAAAAGAGCUUCACAUGUGGUUUCAUCCCAAAAGGAAUCUGAGGAAGCACGUACAGAUGGGGACCCACCAGCCGUUGCCAUGAGGACAAGCCGCUGCAGCCACCUGCCAGGAGUCCCGCCUGAGCGCCUGCCAGCCCCCGACGGCAAGACCCUGCCCGCUGGCACCAACAGCUGCCCACAGUAUGUCAUGCAAGUGUCAACCAAAGAUGGGCAGCUGCUCUCCUCCGUCGUGCGGACGCUUGCCACGCAGAGCAGCCCUUUCAAUGACUGGGCAAUCUGCAGGAUCUGCCAUGAGGGCAGCAGUCAGGAAGACCUGCUUUCCCCCUGCGAAUGUACAGGGACCCUGGGGACCAUUCACCGCAGCUGCCUGGAGCACUGGCUGUCAUCUUCAAACACCAGCUACUGUGAACUCUGCCACUUCAGGUUUGCAGUGGAGCGCAAACCCAGGCCAUUGGUGGAGUGGCUGAGGAACCCAGGCCCGCAGCAUGAGAAACGGACUCUCUUUGGAGACAUGGUGUGUUUCUUGUUUAUCACUCCACUGGCCACCAUCUCGGGCUGGUUGUGUCUACGGGGAGCAGUGGACCAUCUGCACUUUAGUAGUAGGCUGGAAGCUGCUGGCCUUAUUGCACUCACUGUCGCACUCUUCACUAUUUACCUCUUUUGGACCCUGGUAUCCUUUAGGUAUCACUGCAGGUUAUACAACGAAUGGCGUCGGACCAAUCAGCGGGUGAUACUCCUGGCCCCAAAGUGUGCCAACAUCCCCUCCAGCCACCAGUCCCUGCUGGGCCUGCAGUACCUCAAAAGGAACUCGAAAGAGACAAUCGUUUGAUGAGAGUAGUUCUGCACUGAAAGUAUUAUCCUCAGACCUCACUCGUGUCAGACUCCGUCCAGAACCAGGAGUGAGCUGUUCUGAUUUACAGACUCUGUAGAGGAAGCGAUCACUGGAUGCUGCAAUCAUGAUAUUUGCUACUCUGCCAAACUUGUUUAUUUAGCAGAUACUGUAUGGAAUUUACAAACUGAUGUUAAUAUUUGCAACAUCAAGCGAUGCAAACUUUUUUAUUGUUCAAAAUAUUACACUAUGAUAACUAGCAAUGGAAAACAGGUUUUAAAAGUGCUUUGUUUUUAUAAUUCCUUGUUCCUACAGUGUCAUUUUUUUAGGCAGCCAGACAGUAACUGGUGUUGUUUGUUUCCUGAAGCACAGCAAUGGCAUUCCCCCAUUUGAUUUUAUUUGAAGUCUCCUUGUGCCAAUAUUUUUGAUUAUUAAAUUUGUGCGUAAUGAGUUUUACAAGUUGCCAUAUUAUUUAAACACUAUGAAGUGAUUAGAAGACAAUCUUCUAUGUUUCCUAUUUGGCAGGCAAGUUCCAAUUGGAUCUUCAGUAAUAAAUUUAGCAUGUGCAAAAGAAAUUACACAAACUGCAGUAAUCUUCCUGUUUGAAAGUAUUCCAGUGCAUAGCACUCAGGUAAAAAAAAGUACAUUUUUCCACUCAGAAGCAACAAACUAGGCACCACAUUCUGCUGGUGUGAAUUCAUACUUAGCCAAUUUACUCUGCAUUUACACUAAGCUGAAUUUAACUGCAUUUGUAGAACUGACUUUUAUAAGCAAAAAUUCUGCAUACAUGAGAUAAUUAGACAUAUUUUAGGAACUUGUCUUGCAUAAAAAUUAGCAUUUCAGCUGGACAGCCAGAUUUAGCAGUGGAUGUAAACCCUGACCUCUCAUUGCAGCACUAAGGCACUUUUUAAAAGAUAUAAUACACAGCCUACUAUGGUGACCAAAGUGAAUUUGGAGUGUAAUGACUAGACUUUAUUCCUGGGUGGUAUUAUCCAUUGGCUUUAUGCAAAAUUCAUUCAGCAUUUCUUCACUCUCAGAAGAGACAUACACUUAUGCAAAGAGAUUUAUUUUACAGAACUACACAGAAUUUCAUUGACAAAUGCUGCUAGAAAUUUAUUCAUAGUCCCUUUGCAUAGAUGGAUUUUUUAAAAAUAUGCAUAGAUGGCAAUGUCAACAUGUGCUUUGUUUUCCACACUCCGCAGGAACUGAUAAGAAAAAGUAACACAUAACAAGGGGGCCAAUAAUUUAUGAUUUGGAUAGUUCGAAGUAUAUUGGUGUUUACCAUCAGACAAUAACUUAUUUGAUGUUGUGUGUACACUAUAGGAUAAAAAAGCUUAGUACACAAACCCCAAUCUGUUAGCUUCUUUAUUCUGUCUUUGGACCAGUCUAGCUGUAGUCAUGUAAUAGUAUUCUUUGUAAUUGUCAAAUUUAAUGGGGAUAAGACUCAACUACCUGUAUAAAGCAAUACCAUCCUUAUUCAGACAUAAAAUUGGUCUCACAGCGAGCCAAGAUGUUUAAGAAAAUAAUGAUCUCUACUCAUUAUAAGGUCAGGGGUUGGUUGUAUGUUUGGCAGUGAAUACCUGCUUCUCUUCUGGAGAAAACCAUACAAGAUUCUUAAAACGUGGAUGUCACUAAGUCUGUAGUGCCUUGUUUUGUUUUGUUUUGUUUUGCUUUGUUUAAACCUCUUCUCAAAGGCAACAAACUAUCUGGAUACAAGACUGAACAUGCAGGUAAGUACAGAGGUCCAGGUUAAAAGAAAACUAGCCAGUGGUACAGACACAAAGCAAGUCUAGUGGGGUCAGAACGCUGUCAGACAGUGUUUCAAUGCAUACACUUUUCCUUUAGGUAAACUUUCUUCAGAAUUCUGUUACUAGUUUUGCUGCCUUGAGAGAGAACCCAGAAAGCUGCCCCACAAAAGAACGAUCAUACUUAAGUACCGUUCUUGGGUCUGUUUCAUGAAACAAAAAUUAGGAUGAUACAGAACUAAGUAGCAACUAGCAAAACAAUUAUUCAAAUCAAGUUGCAAGAUUUAUGCACACAGAUGAGCAGUGAUUUGGCCCAGCUCAUCUGUGGUAUUUUAAUUUUUUGUUUAAGACACCUUAUUUAAUCUGAAGAAGGCAUAUUUGAGCAGCCAGAAAGUAUGGUCCAGUUUAGCAAACACAUCACUACUCUAGUUUCUCUGCUUGAUGCACAAGUACAGCAAAACUGACUGGUGAAGUCACUAGGAAGUCUCCCAUGCAUUUUCUCAAGAAAAAAAAAAAAGCCAGAAGUUAUCUAGUCACACACUUAGUGUUUUCCAUUAAACCCAUGGGAAAAAACCCCACACUUCAUAUUCUUCCUUGUUUUUGCUUAAAAUAUAAGAACAGGAAGGUGGGCAAUAUCAGUUCUUAUUUCCACUUUUGUUCUGAACUACAGACUUGCAGACAGAAGGCUCUUCCUGAUGAGUAUUGUUGUUUCAUUACUUGAGGCUGCUGUUGCCACAUUAGGUCCAAAUUUUGGUAAACACUUUUAGAACUGGAUCAUUACAACAACUAUUCUACAACAGCAACAACACUCAAUUUCAUCUGAAUAGCCAUGGAAGAUUAUUUGCAGCAGUAGCUACAGCUAGCAAAUCUCCUGCCAGUACAAUAACAUCUUUAUUAUGCUAUCCUUAAAGAGUUCCCAGUUAAGCAAAAAAAGAAAAGUAAAAUAAUAAUAAAUGAUUGGGGAGGUGUGUUUUUCUUUUAAUGAAUCUUACUUUCCUUCUCAGCAACAUUAUGCUUUCCUCUCAUGCAGUGGCCUUUCCAUUUAUAUUCCUUUUCCAUGUGAGAAGUUACAUAGAAGGAGCAGUAUUCAAACCAGUAUUUUGAGCUGCAAGUGAUAAAAGCAACUUGAGCCACCCAAAAAAAAAAAACCCGUCUAAAAAGAUGGAGACAUAAUAAUUUUGUUCCUGCCUUUCACAUCCUAUUUUAUGACAACAGAGAUCACCAUCCUCAGUGUACUGUAUAUCAAUACACUGUCUUAACUACAGAUCAGUGUUAAAAGUGAGUGCAAAGUGAAGUUUUACUACUUCUGCAUAGCCUCUAUCAAAUUAUAUAGAACAACACACAAGACAAAAAUAAAGUAACUUUAAGUAGCGGUAUUUCAGAAGAUGAUGCUGAAAAGGUGUGAGAUCUUAGACCAGGAAGCUAUGCGACUCCUCACUUCCUCUUGCCGUAAGGAGAAUAAGAGGAAGCAGCACUACGAAUUACUUGGGAAGAAUCAGGGAAGCACAUUCAAUGCGUAGAAGAAACUGAUAGAAAAGGAUGUAACUGGAGAUUUAGAGAUACUGUAGACUGGAGGGAAGUCAGGGUACAAGUGGGAUUAAGGAAUACUUCCAUUUUUUGGGGUUUGGUUUUAGUUUUCUUGUUUUCCUCUUUACUCAAUUGCAUAGUUCUGCCAGACUGAGACUUCAAAGUGUCAUUUUACAUUUCAUUAAUUAAAAUCAGCUCUGCAUCACUUUCACAGUAGGAAGUCACACAGGGCAAUGUGUCAACUCAGUGCAGCUGGUCUUUGCUGUGAUGGAUACCAUGAGAGAGAUGAAGAGCCAUUGGAAGAAACACUCAUGCACUAAAAGCAAGCUAAAAGCUCUCCCAUUCAAACACCCUGUUAAUAAUUAAACUCUUAAUUUGUUAUUGUUUAGGAGACCAAGCUCUAUGUAACACACAGCUGGUUAAUUAAACAAGUGUUCUCCUUGCAAGUAGAAGCGUGUAUUGCCUACUUACUGCCAAAUACUGGUUUGGGGUAUUCAAAAGUAGGUUGGUGCAAAAGUAAUCACUGUUUUGGACUGUGAAUUUUAAAUCAUUAUAACUAGGCUCAAACAUGUUUAUUAAUCAAAAGAGGAACCAUUACAAUAAAUGCAUUUUUGCCAAUAAGUUUGUUUAUUCUUGUAGCAUAAAAAUCCAUGCCUUGGGAUUUACUGAACUCUUGGAAAGCAUUUUCCACAUCCUGACUGUGGAGGUGUUUUCUCUGCAAAUAGUUGUUGAGAUGCUUGACAAGUUGGUUGGUGAGGGGUGAGGUGAAUAUGGCAGAUGAGGCAGAACUUCAUAGCCCAAUGCAUUCGAACUUUUGUGCAAUAUGUGGUCAGGUGUUGUCAAUGAGAACAACUGGGCCCUUUCUGUUGAGCAAUGCCAGCUGCAGGUGCUGCAUUUUUCAGUGCAUUUAAUCAAUUUGCUGAGUUUAGUUCUCAGGUGUAAUGGUUUCACUGCGAUUCUGAAAGCUGUGGUGCAUCAGACUGGCAGCAGACCACCAAACACUAACAUUGACCAUUUUUGGUGCAAGUCUGGCUCUGAGACAUACUUUGGAAGUUCUUCUCAGUCCAACCACUCAACUCGUCUUCACUGGUUGUCAUAUAAAAUCCACUUUUUGACACAUCACAAUCUCACUGAAAAAUGAUUUUUGUUGUUACAUAAAGUGAGAAGACAUGACUUCAAAACAAUUAUUCUUUUGUUUUUAUUUUUGGUCAGCUCAUGAGGCCCCCACUUACCGAGCUCUUUCACCUUUCCGAUUUGCUUCUAAAUGCCAAAUGACUGUGUAAUGGUUGAUGUUGAGUUCUUUGGCAACUUCUCACGUAGUUGUAAGAGGAUCAGCUGUGAUGACUGCUCUCAGUUGGUCCUUGUCAACUUCCACUUGCUGGCCACUAGGCUCCUCAUCUUCCAGGCUCUCAUCUCAUUUACAAAUUCCUGGGCUAAAUGCUUUGUUCAUGUUGCAAGUUGUCUCCACUGCUUUACAACCCAUUUUGAACUCUGAUUAAAAAAAAUCCCUCAACUUUGCUUUUUGUCCAACAUAAUUUUCAUAGUAUAAAAUAAAUAUAAAAUAAAAUAAACAGCAAGCAAUAAGCCAGGUUUGACUGUUGCAUUUCAUGAACAAAUUAUUUUGCUUAUUUUGCAAACCUGCAGAAAAAUAUGAAGCAAGAAAAAGCACAUUAAAAUGUUGAUUUAUUUCAGAACGUGUCCAAUAUCACACAGCAAAUUUCAACAAUGCAAAAACCGCAGUUCUUUUUGUGCCAACCUAAUAUCUUUAAAAACUAUUACACAAGGUAAAAUGUACACUAGAGGCUGCUAGCUUUAUGUAUACCUAGCAGGUGCAUAAGCAGGACUAAAGUAUGGCUAUAUAGUGUGUAACAUAACUGAUAACACCACACCGCAUAUGAAUUCAUUGCUGUUAGUCCACAUUUCAAACCUAAUUUCCACAUAUGAAAGCUUUUUCAAAAAUCAAGAGUUGCAUCUCCCAACAGCUACCACGUUUGUUACUACCUGUGGUUGCUUUCAGUUCCUAAAUUUUUACUGAGAGCCUCUUAAACCUCAUUGUGGCAAUGCUACAAAACCUUUUUUCCUUCCUUUGUUGAAAAGUUAUAGAAUUAAUUGUGAUUUUUCCAAACUAUUGUGUACAAAACACUUUCCAAAUAAAACUUGUUAAAAGACAGAAUGAAUGUUGACAUUAUGCCACUACAAACAACAAAACAUGCUACCUUCAGUAACAAAAUUCUACAGUGCCUGAGAAAACCAACAUGACAGUUUCAUUCUAAGACUUAACAUUAUAGAAAAGGUCAGACUUGCUUGCCCAUAUUUUGUUCUUGAAAUGCAAGAGUCAAACCUGCUAUGAAAAUUCACUUUCAAAAAUUAAUUCAUAUGUAGAAAAUCCUAUCAAGCAAUCAGCUUAGUCUGAAAUGUGCCUUCAAUAAUGCCACCAAAUGUAGCUUUUCUUAUUCAAUGUUAAUCACACAAAGAACAUACUGUAUUUACAAAAACACAUAAAGGAAACCAGAGAUUAGCAAAGGACUCAGAGCAACAAAUGCACACUAAGAAAAACCUGAGAUAAAAUAGAUAACUUCUACCAUAUUAUUAUAAAUCAUUAAGUGUCCUAGUGUUUCCUUGAGCUUAAUCACCAUAUACCAGGAAAGGCUAAGUAAGCAUUCACAUCCGUCAUUCAGAGCCUCCAUUCUCUUUAUAAAAAUCACCAGUAAGUAAUUAGUUGUCCUAUCAGGGACAAGAGCUUUAAAAAUUUUUAUUCCCCAUCAGCUACUUAUUUUUUUUGCCUGAAGAAAAAUACUUAGUCAAUUACCAUGUGGCCAUUUCUACGAAAACAGCUGUCAUUUAAAAAAAUUUUCUACUAGAAGUAUCUAUGCUUACAGUGCAGUAUGAAUAUGAAAGGCACUUUUUAAUAAAUUUGUUGGAGUUUCCAGAUAAAACACCCUUUUCAUUCCAGCAUCCUUCAAAUUAGUAUUAAAAUGAUACACCAAUACAAGUUAAAUUUCUCCUUGAAAAUUUCAGACUAGCAUUUUAAAUUGCUUCAUUUGCAAAAGCAGAUGAGAAUAAUCUCUUGAAAAGUUAUUUACAUUACUUACAUAUAAAUUUCUCUUUAUUUUUGCUCUGUGCUUGGGCAAAUACAAUAUAGGUUUACACAGCAGGGAUAAAGAAGUCAGAGGUAUCAGAGUUUGUAGCAUAGGGCUACAACUGACCAUGCUGUGUAAAAUAAUUUGUACCACAGGGCUACAGUCACUGGGGUUUAUUAAUGAACUUGUCCAAUAUAAAUAAAAAAUGCAGUUUACAAGUUUGCUGCUUUUGCCGUGGACAAAAAAACAAACAACAAAAAAAACCCAAACUUCUACAGUAACAGGACCAGCUGAGAGGAAUACAUAUUGUGCCUCAAGAGUGUUCAUCCUACAAUACUAGCACUGUACAAGUCACAACACUUGUGCCCUGAACAGAUUGUUUUUCUGGUUUUCACAGGAAUUAAUGUAUUUGAGCAGAUACAUUUCUGGUAUUUCUAAUUGUAAGCAGUAAGUUACUGAACAGUUUUUACCUGUGAGGAUGAUACAAUAUGUAUUUCUUGUCAACUGAGUAACAGAUCAGUAUCAGGUGAUAAUCCUUAUCUGUUGCCAACUAUAGGAAUGACUAAAUGUACCUAAAAAUAAUUACAAAUUAAUAACUUAAAUAUUACUGUAACAGUAGUAAUAAAAAGACCUACCAAAAAUUUAAUCACAA